AUGGCUCCUGCCGACCGACAACCCACUUUGAACACUCCCAACUUCAACACUCCCUCGGACCCCGAACCCUCGAACGGAUCCAGAGACGACAAUGGUGAUUGGGAGAAGGCUUCUUCUACCACGAAUCUAGAACACGAUGCCACCCAGAUGACAGAGCCCGUCGGUCGAGCCGCGCCAGAAGCGAAAGUUGAACACGACUCUGAGCCUGAGCCGGAAACUUUUGACAAGAUUGAAAUCACCGAGGAAGACUGCUACAGUGAGCUAGGCUUCUCGUUUCCCUCAUGGAAAAAAUGGACCAUCCUUACCGUCAUCUUCCUCGUCCAACUCUCCAUGAACUUCAACACCAGUUUAUAUUCGAACGGCCUGGGUGGCAUCUCUAAAGAAUAUAAUGUCAGUGCUCAAGCUGCUCGGUGUGGCGCUAUGAUCUUUCUGGUUCUAUAUGCAUUUGGCUGUGAGCUCUGGGCUCCCUGGAGCGAGGAAAUUGGCCGAUGGCCGAUUCUACAGGCUUCCUUGACCCUGGUCAACAUUUGGCAGCUCCCCGUGGCUUUAGCACCCAAUUUUGCAUCUCUCAUGGUCGGAAGAGCUCUUGGUGGGCUGAGUUCUGCUGGAGGCUCCGUCACGCUAGGAAUGAUCGCGGACAUGUGGGAAUCAGAUGGACAACAAUACGCCGUUGCCUAUGUUGUGUUCUCGUCCGUCUUCGGCUCGGUCCUAGGCCCGAUCGUCGGUGGCUUCGUGGAACAGUAUCUCGCCUGGAGAUGGACCAUCUGGAUCCAACUCAUCUUCGGCGGAUUUGUACAAAUAUGCCAUUUCUUCCUCGUCCCAGAGACUCGUUCCACCAUUCUCAUGGACAGAAUAGCAAAGAAGAGACGCAAGGCUACUGGUGAGAAUAUCUGGGGCCCCAACGAGCUCGAGCCAUUCCGCGACCGCUUCUCUGUCAAAGAAAUCCUCAUAACAUGGAUCAGACCCUUCAAGAUGUUUCUCACGGAGCCAAUCGUCCUGACGCUCUCACUUCUCAGCGGGUUCAGUGAUGCCCUCAUCUUCAUGUUUAUCCAGUCAUUCUCUUUGGUGUACGCGCAAUGGAACUUUGCCACGUUUGCAGUCGGGCUGGCCUUUAUCCCACUGGGUAUCGGCUACGGCCUGGCCUGGCUUUCAUUCAUCCCUGCAAUUAGGCGGAAUAUCCACGAGAGAAGGUCCAAGCCGGGCGAUGAGAAGGCUCAAUAUGAAUCACGAUUGUGGUGGCUGCUCUGGACCGCCCCGGCCCUUCCCAUUGGCCUAUUCGGGUUUGCCUGGACUAUUCAAGGGCCACCGAUCCACUGGAUCGGCUCGAUGGUGUUUGCGAGCCUUGUCGGCAUUGCAAAUUAUGCAAUCUACAUGGCAACUAUCGACUACAUGAUCUGCGCCUACGGUCCGUACUCUGCCUCUGCUACAGGAGGUAAUGGCUGGUCCAGAGAUUUCCUGGCUGGUGUCCUCACGAUUCCUGCCACACCGUUCAUGGAGAACAUCGGUGGUCGCUAUCAUCUCAACUACGCCGUGACCAUUCUCGCCUGCAUUGCCACCAUCCUCGUGGUCGCUGUUUACGUCAUUUACUGGUAUGGGCCAGCUCUUCGCCAGCGUUCGCCGUUCGCCCAGUCUCUGGCAAAUGCUCGCGCCGACAACCAGAAUCGACGUAUAUCCUAUCUCCCAUCCGUCUCUGGCACCUCUGAUUCCCGGAGAAUGUCGCGGACUAGUACAAAUGCCUCGCGCUCGCUGAACUCUCGAAGACAAAGUCAAGUGGAGUUUCGCAGGCAGAGCAUGCCCAGGAUGGGCUCUGGCAUGGUUAGAUGA